AAGAAGUCGAUAGAUAAAUCAAUACUGAGUCUGAGUGCCUUCACUUUUUCAAUUUUCAUUUCAAUGUUUUUGAAACGCAGCACCUUGCCAACAAUAAGGUUUUACUAGUUCAUUUUUCAUUUCAAAUACUUCUCAGCCAAGCCGCGCCAACCUCUGCUGACACAUAAACCAUGGGCAAUUGCUGUUCCGAAACCGGCGGCGGUAUGACAGCUGUCGGCGGUACUGCCGCUCCGACCACCGCUGGCUCUCCAAAUCAAGCCGUUGACUUAUUCCUUAAGUCUCGGGGCUUCCUCGGUCUCUUCUCUCAGAUCGAGUUAUCAUUUUCGGCCAGUGACUUGCGUGACCGAGAUGUCCUCUCCAAGAGUGAUCCCAUGCUGGUGGUUUAUACAAAAGCUAGAGAUGGAGCAGUUACUGAAGUAUGCCGUACUGAAGUAGUCCUUAAUUCUUUGAGUCCUGCAUGGAUUACAAAAUAUACCAUUACAUAUCAAUUUGAGGUUGUGCAAACCUUACAAUUUCGUAUAUAUGAUGUUGACACUCAGUUUCACAAUGCUGAUGUAAAGAUGCUUAAGUUGGAGGAGCAGCAAUUUCUUGGUGAGGCUACUUGUACAUUGUCAGAGAUUGUCACCAAACCAAACAGGUCACUGACCUUAGAACUUGUACGCAGAGAAGAUUCUAUCACAUCAACCCGUCCACAACACCGUGGAAAGCUUACUGUGCAUGCUGAAGAAUGCAUAAACUCUAAGACUACAACAGAGUUGAUAUUAAGGUGUUCAGAUUUGGAAUAUAAGGAUCUCUUCUCUAGGAAUGACCCCUUUCUGGUAAUAUCAAAAAUCAUGGAGGGUGGGAUGCCUAUCCCUGUGUGUAAAACAGAGGUCUUGAAGAAUGAAAUGAAACCAGAAUGGAAACCGGUGUUUUUGAAUAUUCAGCAAGUUGGAAGCAAGGAUAGUCCUUUAAUAAUAGAGUGCUUUAACUUCAAUAAUAAUGGAAAGCAUGAUUUGAUUGGAAAGGUUCAGAAAUCACUAUCAGACUUGGAAAAACUUCAUUCUAGUGGCCAAGGAGAGUAUUUGUCUCUACCAACCGCAGUUGGGCAUAAUUACCACAGCAAGAUUCUAAAGAGCCAGCUUUUUGUGGACAAGUUUUCGGAGUGUGUUCAAUAUACUUUCCUUGAUUACUUGGCUGGGGGAUUUGAACUGAAUUUCAUGGUGGCUGUUGAUUUCACCGCUUCAAAUGGAAAUCCCCGCCUCCCUGAUUCCUUGCAUUAUAUUGAUCCCUCUGGAAGACCAAAUGCAUAUCAAAGAGCGAUCUUAGAGGUUGGAGAGGUUUUGCAAUUUUAUGAUACUGAUAAACGCUUUCCUGCUUGGGGUUUUGGAGCACGGCCAAUCGAUGGUCCAGUUUCUCAUUGCUUCAACUUAAACGGAAGCAGUACUUACUGUGAGGUGGAAGGAAUCCAUGGAAUUAUGACAGCAUAUACAAGUGCCCUCUUUAAUGUAUCUCUUGCUGGGCCAACACUUUUUGGACCUGUCAUUAGCCAUGCUGCACAAAUUGCUGGCCAAUCUCUUGCCAAUCGUGGGCAAAAAUACUUUAUUUUGUUGAUAAUCACGGAUGGAGUAGUAACAGAUCUCCAAGAAACCAAGGAUGCCCUAGUGAAAGCAUCUGACCUUCCAUUGUCAAUCCUCAUUGUGGGAGUAGGAGGGGCUGACUUCAAAGAAAUGGAGAUUUUAGAUGCAGAUAAGGGAGAGAGACUUGAGAGUUCAUCUGGGCGAGUUGCUUCUCGUGAUAUAGUUCAAUUCGUUCCUCUCAAGGAUUUACAGAAUGGAGAGGUUUCUGUUGUUCAAGCACUUUUAGCAGAGUUGCCAACUCAGUUUUUAACCUACAUGCGGACCCGUGAUAUCCAACCAAGUUUUUGAAUUGUAUAAAGAAUGUACAUAAUGAAAAUUAAGUUUCGAUCAUUGAUUUUCAUGCAAUGAGUUUUCCCCUUCUGUCACCAUGCCAAUGCGACCAUGGUCAUCAGGCCUAUUUCUUCUUAGUCAAAAUAGGCAACUUUUAUAUUGAGCCGUGUCCAUCUGGAAAACGUCUGCGUUUUGGUUAAUCAAGCAGCAGACAAAAAAAGGUUGUCAGCAAUCAGCUCCAGUUGGGUGCAUAAUUCUUUUACCAUGUUCAGAAGUGCUGGACUAAUGGUUGACCCUGGCUGCCGCCUUGACUACAGUUAUCUUUUCUGAGAUUGGGACCAACUGCAGCAGUAUCAAUUGGAGGCCUGUACAGACUUACAGUUGAGCAACAAAUGUAUUGUCUUCUCUAGUUUACAACGAAUGAUGGACCCUUCAUUAAAGCAUGUUGUCGCGGUUUUCUCGUGUAAGGAUUUCAGCUUAAACUUAAAUUCAUGUAUUUGGAUUUUGGACUUUAAAGUGGCACAAGUGGUUGAGCCAUUCUACUAGGCUCAAGCAAUUAAACAGUAUAAUUGUAUAUGGAUUCAUGUUACCCAUUUUGUUUAUUCAAAAACUUCUUUCAA